AUGUCAGCGAAAUGGCGAGAUGAGCCUGUGGGGCCUAUGUGGGCAUGUGAGCCUGCUAUGAGUACCUUACAUGAGUUCCAUGAUGACCUCAUUGCGCUGGACCUGUUGCAUGUCUUGCAUCUAGGAGUGAUGCGAGAUUUAGUUGGAACCGGGUUCAAACUUCUCUGUCGCAACCGUGAGUUUUAUUCUGGCACUUCGAUUGACAAGCGUUUGGCACAGCUCACUGCUGAGCUGAAAUCCUGGUGCAGAUCGAAUGGUGAACAUUUGAGCUUAAGGAGGGUCCACAAGGGUACACUUCGUUGGCGAGGAGAUAUGUGCCCGGAGUUGAAGGCUAAGGGGUCGGACACAUUACUAUGUCUUCGAUUCCUUACUCUAAAGCUCCAAGACCAAGCGCCGACCACGUACCCUGGCAUCGUGGCUUGCGCUUGGGCGGCUACCCAAUUUGUGGGUGUUUUAUCGCAUGGCUCUAUAUUCCUUACCGCACAAGAAAGCGAAACUGCAUAUGCGACUGGUAUGUUGUUCAUUCGUUCGUUUUUAUGCUUGGCAAACGAAAGCCUGAUGAACUCCGAGAUGCUCUUCAAAACCCGCCCCAAAUUGCAUUACCUGCUGCAUGUGGUGGAAGGGUUGCAGUCGAAAACUUGCAUUCGCAACCCGUUCUUUGACUCGACGUUCAUGGACGAAGAUUGGGUAAAGCAGGCGUUGACUGUGAAGAAGAGAAUGUCGUACCGCACAUGCUCUCUCAAUGUCCUGAAGCGGUUUGCUGUCGUGAACAAAUCCACUUUGAAUGCCCUGUAUGAAAAAAGCCGAGUCUCGAGGUCUCCGCUGCAGCCGAGUGCUGCUGUUUGCAGGGGGAACCGGCCAGGGAUAGGUUGCAGGUAA